ACCCCGCAAUUCCCCUCCCCCCUCCUCAUCUCCGCUCCCCGAAAGGCCGAAACCCCCCGAAUCGAAUCCGGCGGAGUUCGAUUUGGGGAUUUCGGCGCCUCGCCCCCGGAAAUUUCUUGGAUCUGAGGCCGGCCGUCGUCUUCGAUCUGCGGCUGGAGUGAGUCUGCAAGUUUUCCGGCUCGGUUUUGGUCGGAGGGCUGGGGGGUUUCGGUUGCGGGGAUGGAGUCGUCUCCGGUGUCCUACUGGUGCUACCGCUGCAGCCGCUUCGUGAGGGUGUCUCCGGACACCGUCGUCUGCCCGGAGUGCGACGGCGGCUUCCUGGAGCAGUUCCCACAGCAGCCGCCGCGGGGCGGCGGCGGGAGCGGCCGGCGCGGGACGAUGAACCCGGUCAUCGUGCUCCGGGGCGGAUCGCUAUCCGGGUUCGAGCUCUACUACGACGACGGCGCGGGCGACGGGCUGCGGCCGCUGCCCGGUGACGUCCAGCACCUCCUCAUGGGGUCCGGUUUCCACCGCCUGCUGGACCAGUUCUCGCGGCUGGAGGCGGCGGCGCCGCGGCCGCCGGCGUCUAAGGCUGCGGUGGAGUCCAUGCCGUCCGUGACGAUUUCCGGAAGCGGGGCUCACUGCGCGGUGUGCCAGGAGGCCUUUGAGCCCGGCGCCGCCGGGCGGGAGAUGCCGUGCAAACAUGUCUACCACCAAGACUGCAUCUUGCCAUGGCUGUCCCUCCGCAACUCAUGCCCCGUUUGUCGUCAAGAGCUUCCGGCCGCAGCCACCCCAGAUGCGGAGGCGGAUGCUGGGCUCACCAUCUGGCGACUUCCACGCGGUGGAUUUGCCGUAGGGAGGUUUGCCGGCGGGCCCAGAGAGCAGCUCCCGGUCGUCUACACCGAGCUGGAUGGGGGCUUCAGUAACGGGGUCGGCCCGAGGAGGGUGACAUGGCCAGAGGGAGAAGGGCAAGUGGACGGCGGUGAAGGUCGGAUUCGCCGUGUAUUUAGGAAUCUGUUUGGCUGCUUUGGUCAUGGCAGCCGGCAAGCAAGUUCGUCGCAAUCUCGUAGUGGCUGAGCACAGUUUUCCUUGGUAACUUAUUUUCAAUUGAUAGUGCUGAAGAACUAGGGUUAGUGUAAGAAGGGAACCCAGAUUAUAAUUUCUUGGGACUUUUGAUGUAAAUGAAGGUCUUGCAUUAUCCCCUCUUUUGUCUCAUUUAAGAAUUAAAGAGAGAUGGUUAUGAGCAAACAUCUUGGAGUGACCGUGGCAAUCAAAUUAGGUCAAACAAGCACUUCAAGAAAGUAAUAGCAAUGAAUGUUGGGGAAAUCAGUCCUUGGAAAAA